AUGCUACAUUCCUCUCAGGCAAGCGAGAGUGAGAACACCUCCGCGAUUGCAGCGCAGCAGCACAAGGGUACCUUCAAGUGGUACAAUAAGAAGUCUGGCUACGGCUUCAUCCGUGAAUUCGUAGCCAACAAAGACUACUUUGUACACUACUCUGGACUGACGAGAUCCUUCAGGAAAGCCUUACCCCGAGAAGGAGACCACGCCACCUUCACCAGCUUCAAGGGGAAGAAGGGUCCAGAGGCCAGAGAGGUCGCCAAGGAAGGCAACCAAGAACGCUCCCUUCCCCGCCCUAAAUCGUCUUCCAGGGCUGGGUAA